CCUGGCGAUCCGCGUGGUGCGGCCGCAGAACCGCAUUUCCACGAUGCCUGCUGCAGCCACAUCGUCCGUAAUGUUCCCGGUGGGGGAAGACUUGUUCAAGACGGGGAAGCCGCUGCCGGAUGAAGAGAAGCGAUACCUCGUGCACAUUGCGCGCACGUCGUGCAAGGAACUGAUCAAACACGCCGACUUGCGCGACGACAACGUCGUGUGGACGCCGAUUGGAGGCCCCCCCGACGCCAAAAUCUCGUCGCUGCUCUUGUCGUCGCGAGGUGGAGGCUUCCUUGACAAUUUGGUGCUGGCAGCCCGCAUGUACGAAGGGCGGUCGAAGCGCGACUGGAGCAAGAAGUUUCACGGUGGAAACGUCAUGAUGGGCGCAUGUGUCACACAGGUGGCGGCCACGAUCGAGGAAGUUGCGUCGUUCUACCAACGCCCGACGACGCGUGACGCUCGCGUGUUUGCUGACGCGUACCAAGAAGAAUGUUUGGACUCGCACGUCCUGUACACCCUCGUUCCUCCGUCAACAGUAGCGCCAUGGCACAACACCGUCGUGCGGUGGCAUGCCGUCAAGCCGCCGGUUGCUCUCGGGAAACCCCGCGACUUUUGUUUCCUUGAGACACACGACGAGUUUGUCGACAGUCGCGGCCGCCGAGGUUGGGUCCUCGCAAGGGAGUCCGUCAAUAUCGAAGCUUGCCCGCAACUAUCCACCGUCGUCCGCGCCACUAUGCAGCGCUCCGGCCUUGUCUUUGUCGAGAGCGACUUGCCUGGGUUCCUCAACGUUACCCAGAUGGCUGUCGUGGACCUCAAAGGCACGCUUCCGCGUGUGCUGUCUCGUCUGGCUACAAAAAAGUACCUGACGGAAGUGCUCCGGUUAAACCGAUUUCUGCACGAAAAGCGACUGAGUCUCGAGCACAUCCUCCCUGCACACAACCUUGUGCCCAAGCGCGACCGAACGUCAUGUCACGUGUGCGUCAAGAAAUUCCGAGUGUUUUCUCGACACAAGGUGCGCUGUCGAAAGUGUGGUGAAGUCGUGUGCAUGCAGUGUCAGGGCGUGUGGGCAAUCGACAUGUCCACGGCCGCGUCAUCCCACAACCGCCGGGCGUCCACUUCGUCGAUUCCGUCAAGUGGUGUCAAGAAGGUGCAUGUUCGUGUGUGCAUUAACUGCUCCCAAGACACACGAGAGCGCUCGAUGCACCACAAACCGUCCAUACUCAACACUCAAAUCCUCCAUACGAAUCCUGCAAGCGAAGACGAAAUGUUUGCUUUGGACACCAUGGCCCUGAUUCCAACUUCUCACGCACUUCCCGACCAAGUUCUGGACGAAGAUGACGAUAUUUCUCCCAUGGAUGUGCUGCAAAGUGCUCGCUCCCGGGCGUUGCAUGAAUACGUUCGUCGUACGUCUACGGCAAGCUUAACUUCAUCCUUCCUCCCAAACCACCAAAACCCUUCCACGGCGGUUGAUUCGACGCAAUCGAGUCAAGCUCGUGCUCCACAAGUUGACAGCGACGACGAUGAAAUCGAAGAUCACGUGGUGUUUCGACAAACCAAGAGCGUGCCCGACGAUACCAUGUCGUAUGCUGAAUCGUCACCGACGUCGUCGAAGGACGAGCCGCAGUUUGGCCCACGAGGAUUGUCGCAUUCGUUUGUGAGUGAAGCGUCAUCGUUCCGGCCGAGCUUUACCAUCUUCAAGAAGUCUACUUUGACGACUUCAUCGCAGCAACCAGUCCUUCCGUCGUCGAUGUUGCUCACAUCGCCGUCUUAUCGCGCUAUGAACAAGGACACGUCGCCGACAACCUUUGAAGAAGAAUCGUCUCAGCAUCGUCAGCUUCGCAAACCCCGCCACCAUUCCGUGCAUGUGUCCACUGCCCCCACGUCUGAGUCAACAGCAACUUCCACGACGUCGUCUGCAACAACGUCUCGUCGAGGCAGUUUGCCGUUGUUCUCCAACCUCGCUGCGCAAGUCGACGCAGCGUUGCAUUAUGGUCACCACACUGCCCACGUCCCCCCUCCAUCGUCGCAUUCUUCGACCAUGGCGCUCUUGUCAGCGACAUCCCCUUCGCUUUCGUCGUCCCGAUCAUCUUGGCGGCAUCGCUCGUCCAACUCUUUGUUCCAAUCCCCGGCGAACAGACACUCCCACCAACGCAGGCCGUACACCCCGCGCAAGUCAAGCCAAACAUUCCAAUUCCAAGACUCCAAGCUCGUUGGCAUGCGCACCAGCACUGGGACGUACACAAGCGAGGACUUGAAAUCGAUCGAACGUUCGUUGCUCGCGGAUGCCAAAAAGUACUCGGUUGCGGUCGACACGCCCGAUUCCUCGGCGCUGUCAUCAUCGGCGCGAGGGAGCAGCAUGGUCUUGUCUGCCCGGGGCAAGGAUUCUUCGUGGACCAACGUUCGAUCGUCCACUCGAGUCGGUCGCGAGAACAAUUCGUCGUUUCUGUCGAGCUGCAACCACACCCCCGCGACCACGACCUCGUCCAGCUUGAGCUUUUCCGACGACGACACAACGCUUCAGCUUGAAGGACUCCGAGAGAAGGUGCAACUCACCCUAAACGCAACUUCGUCGUCCACGUUGUCGUCGGCGUCUGAACCAGAGCCCGACGUGGUCGCACUGUACAAGCAAAUGAAGGCGCUGCGAGUCGCCAUGUAGAUCCAACUCGGCCCCUCCUUGUCCACGUUUAGAAACAACGCCAUGCCAGUAAUAACAGAACCCCUUAUCUAACAAGAACUCUUCUCCACGUCCCACAUAUA